GUGGAGAGGAGAAGUGAAGUGAGACUCUUCCUUCAGUUGACGAAACCCAUAUUGAUUUCCUCGGCCCUCGUCAAUUGUUGGAUUCAUCCCUAGUUUCUUCAAAUUUCAAAACUCAUUUACUCCGUAGACAUUCAUUUUUAUAUUCCUUUAUUGAUUCUAAAGUUAACAUAAAUAAUAGCCUUGGUUGUUACAGUGAAAGAAGAUUUGUGUUUUAGACUUCCUUUAUAACGUCAAAAAAACAAAAUGGCCUGUGCUACUCUGAAACGUUCAUUAGAUUUUGAUCCGGUUCAUAGCAGACCCUCCAAACGACAGAGAUGUAUACCUAUGUGCAUUUCACCUUCGAACUCUCCGCCUACAACACGAAGUGAUUAUGAUCCAUCGCCUUUUGCCAACGUUUGCCCAAAAUUAACUCCAGAAAUGAUGGCUGCGGCGAUUCGUGAGGAAAUGCGCCGCCUUCAUCGGCGAAAGCAGUUGCACUUCAAUCCCAACGAGAGCCAUCUGGAUCGUGAGUCCUCAUCUGACUCCCCGGGCUCACCUUCGGGCAGUAGCUUUGCUGCGACUUACCAUCAGAGUCACCGCGACAAACCACUCUUCACAUUCAGACAGGUGGGAAUUAUUUGUGAAAGAAUGAUGACUGAGCGAGAGACUCAGCUACGUGAAGAAUAUGAUCGCAUCCUGAACUUGAAACUUUCUGAGCAAUACGAAUCAUUCGUCAAGUUUUCUAAUGAUCAACUCCACAGACGUUUUGACAUGGCGGCAGCACCAAGCUAUCUGUCCUAAGCCAGACCAAGAGGGGCGAAGCAGUGCCUGAUCAUUCUUUCACCAUCGUUUCAAUCAUUUGUCAUCGGAGAGUAGUGGCUAUUGUAAAUAUUGCGUAAAUUUUAGUUUAUUUUGGUGGAUUAUUUUACUAUGCAUCUUUGUUAUUCUCGGAAAAGUUUUAUUUGUUGAAUUCAAGUUUUGAUGUGUUGCGCCUACAGAAAACCGAUUAGAACGGUUAUAGCAGGACUAUUUGAAAUCUUUUAAAGUUUGAAGAACUGUUUAAUAUUGGGUAAAUAAAUUAAUUUUUUGA